CUCUAUGCGGCUUUUAAUCUAAAAAACAACUGUGUGUCGCGUUGUCACUUUUUUUGUAGCACAAACAAAAAAAAAAUUCUGCAUUUUCUUAAUAAAUUUUAUUGAAUUUUACUUUUAAAUAUGUCUAAAAAUAAUGAAAAACAACAAAUGGAAGAAGUUGAAGUAAAAGUAAACAAAUGGGAUGCCACAGCCGUCAAGCAUGCCUUAGAUGAUGCCGUUAAGAAUGCCUUAUUCGCCACCAGACCACAAUUGAAGGAACAGUUUGGUUUAAUCAAUACCCGCCUGGUUCUCUGCACUUUGGCUGUGGGAGUAGCAAUUUUGGCCCAUGGCUGGGAUUUCACACAUCCAUUCCCUGAAUCGAAACCAGUACUAAUGUUCUGCGUUGUCGCCUACUUUGUAUUAAUGGGCAUUUUAACUUUACACACCACAUUCCGUGAAAAGGGCACCUUUGCGGUGGCCGUUGAAAAGUCUUCGAAUGGCAGUCAAAAAAUCUGGGAAGCCAGUUCAGAUAUGAAGAAAUAUGAUGACAAAUAUACCUUGGUGCUUUCCGUAAAAGACACAAAAUCUCUGAGAGAGGCUACUAGUGUUAAAUCUUGUGCUAAUUUUGUGGAUGCUAAUGGUAUUAUUGUUGAUAAAUUGGUUGCCAAUGAGGUGAAUCGUUUGUAUAACUCCUUAUCGGCCGAGAAGAAAGAAAAAUAGCUCGUUGUUGCUGAAAGCGAGGAAUCUUUAUUAGAGGAAAGUAAACAGGAGGGCAAAUUCGAAGAUAAUGCUAUUCCAACUGAAUGUGUUUAAGUUAAUAAAUAAAAAUCUUUUAAAACUUA